CUGUUUUUAGUGUUUGUAAUUUUGUAUGAAAUCUGUGAAUUGUAUGUGUAUGAAUUGUUCAUGUGCUUACUGAACAAUAGUGCAAAUUUGUAAAUUGCACCAACAUUUAGUUAUAACUGAGAUAUAUUUUAGAACUUAUGGUCUCCCAGUAAUCGAUUUAAAAUGUUUGAAACAACUAAGUAAAGUUCAAAAAUAUGUUUUUAUAACUUACUUCGCUCUCUAUCUUGUUAAAAAUGAGUGCUAAUUCACUGUUGUUUUCUAUCAAUAAUGAAGGAAAAGUUUAUGCAUUGUCAACAAAUGGGUCCUGUUGGAGAGAAUUCAUGUACCUGGGCUUGGAAUUCAAAGCAUUAUCUGCAGUACCUCACUUUCUUUGGGCUGUAGGAGGAGACAGACAGAUUUACCUUCACGUUCAUGGUUUAGAAAUACCAAUUCGUGUUAAAGAAGAAUCAUAUGAGAAUGAGAGGUGGCUGCCAAUGGAAGGAUUUAGUGGGCGCCUUUUACCUACAGACCGCUAUCAUUUUUCAUCUCAGGAUGGUACAAAAGAUCGCUCCAUUGAUCACAUUAGACUGCCUUCUAUGGCUUGGCAGUGGGAAGGUCCUUGGCAACUUGAAUUAACAUUGGAUGGACAGCCAUUAGACCAUGAUGGCUGGACAUAUGCUGUUGAUUUUCCAGCUCAAUUUGGUCCCGCUAAACAAUGGAAAUCCUGUGUCAGAAGAAGGAAAUGGAUAAGGUAUAGAAAAUUUAGUGCUAUGAAUUCAUGGUGUGCAAUAGCUCCAUUACACAAGGAUCCAACUCAAGAACCAUUUAUUGAUAUUAGUAUAGGUGGCAAUCAAAUGCCGUAUGCCUCACCAGGAACCCUUGUAGUGUGGGCUAUUACUGCUCAAGGUCGGGUUAUGAAUAGAACAGGUGUUAGUACAACUUCGCCUGAAGGGUUGAAAUGGAUAAAUAUAAGCAUUCCACCAAAUUGUGAUAUAAAACAGAUUUCUGUUGGCCCAACUGGUUUAGUUUGGGGCCUUCUGUGGACAGGACGCACAAUAGUUAGAAAAGGUGUAACAAAAGAUUGUCCAACAGGAGAUUCUUGGUUAGAAGUAAAACCUCCACAAGAUACAAAACUUAUUUGUAUUUCUGUAGGCUACAACGUAGUAUGGGCUGUAAGCUCUGAUUCCAGAGUGUGGUUUCGAAAAGGAGUGGAAGGAAACAAUUCGGGAACAUCAGAGUCGGCAGCUAUGGGUAAUGGGUGGUUAGAAAUCACUGGUAAUAUGAUUCAUGUUUCAGUUGGAAUCAAUGAUCAGGUGUUUGCUAUAGGAGAAUUUGAUAAAUGCAUUUAUUGGAGGUGUGGAAUUACUGCAGCAGAGUUAACUGGAAAAAAAUGGAAAAAGAUACAAGCAAAUAUGCAACUCAGUCGUACUUCUAGCUCAGCAAGUGUGGUUUCAUCAUCAUCAAAUACUAAACAUCAUAGCUUGACCACAUUGAGUGAGACAGAGCCUGAAAAAAAAACCAAUUUGCAUUUAAGGAAUUCAUGGGAAGAGUCUCAUUCUGCUCCUAUAGAACAUACUCUACCAGUGAAACCACAGAGACAAUCAAGACCCCGCAGUCAGAUAAAUACAGAAAAAAUUGAUUUGACUGGUAAGAGUUAUGAGACUACUUUAAAAAAUCCACGAGCUUGGAGUCCUGUAAGAAGUGUUGGUUCAGUAGUGGGUAUGGAAGCACAACCAGAUAGUGACAGUAGCGUAUUUGAUGUGGAUUCAGGGAUGUUAUUUGAUGAUGAGAUAAGUCAAACAGCCUGGGGUUCCUGUGAGACAACAUGGUCUUAUGUUGAAGCUGGAGCAUGUUUGGUUGAUACCGUUCAAAUUCCACAUUGGUUUACAGACUCCCAUAAGGUCCAAAAUUCUGAUAUAACUGCUGGAUGGAGGAUACAAAUUUUGGAUUAUUUAAGAAAUAGAAAUAAAAACCAAAGCCUUGAUUUCUCUGAUUAUGGAAUUGCUGUAGAAGACAAAGGUUGGACGCGUAGCUGUGAAGCCAGAUUAGUUCAAGCGAACAAUAGUACAGAAGAAUGUAUCAUAUCAUUGUAUUGGUUUGACUUAGAGAAUACUGGGACAUUGUCUGUUUUCCAACCAGAUGGCACAAUCAAAUUUAUUUUAAAUCUUGAAGAGCUAACCAGUCUAACCAGUGUUUUUGUUUCAUCUGAACCUGGUUGUCCAAGAAUAGUACUAGCAGUACCACGUCAAACUGAGUGUUCCAUUAAAAUACAGUUCAUGACAGAAUUUGAACAAGAAGAAUGGCUAAAAAUGUUAAUUGAUAUAAUUUCGCAGAUCAAUGGAGUUACUGGAAAACCAUCUGCUAACUCUGUUUGGGCUAUUACAAAUGCAGGUGAUAUUCUCAAUUGGGACCCCUUGCCUGCUAAAUUGAGCAAUAAAAAAGAUGGAAUGUACAAAAAAGAAUUCCCAGUGUUUGGAAAAAAUAUUUUGUCAGGGUACUCAACCAGUCUACACAACAACUUUCCCCCUGGCAGUAUCUUGAAAAUUGUAGGAUGUUUAUUUGAUGAGGUGCAAAGAUUUUAUAUAGAUUUUACAGGACCAGAAGUCAAAAAACAAAGACAUAAAAUUGAAACUGAAGUGUCUGAAAUCCCUUUUCAUUUCAAUGUCAGAUUUGAUGAAAAGAUUGUAGUUUGUAAUACAAAAAUUUUUGGAAGCUGGGGUACUGAAGAGCGGCAUGAACUGCCACUAGCUGUGGGACAGGAAUUUAACAUUGAAAUUUAUUGUCAUGCACAAGCCUUUAGUGUCAUAAUAAACAAUAAAAGUUACUGUAUUUAUGAACACAGACUGAAUCCAGAGAGUAUUACUAGUGUUACAAUACAAGGUCCCUUGAAGCUUUACAGCAUGGAAUACUGUACAACUAGUGUUAUAAUUGGUGCAGAUGAAAUGUUUUGGCGUUUGAUGGGUGGACAUUUACGACGUGUUGAAUGCUGUGAAGCUGAUGUCGUAUGGGGAAUAUCACAUGAUCAUAGAGCAUGGGUAUAUACAGGUGGUUGGGGAGGAGGAAUGUUUCAAGGAAUAUCCAGUAAUACUGGUAUACAUGCUAUGACCGAUACACAUACUUAUUGUGUCUAUGAGAAUCAACGAUGGAAUCCGCUGACUGGUUAUACAUCUGCUGGCUUGCCAACUGACCGUUACAUGUGGAGUGAUAUAACUGGCAAGCACAAAAGAACGAGAGAACACACUAAACUUCUCAAUCGCCAUUGGCACUGGAUUUCAGAAUGGAUGAUAGAUUACAAUACACCUGGUGGUGUGGAUAAUGAUGGAUGGCAAUAUGCAACAGACUUCCCCGCACCGUACCAUGGCAAAAAACUAUUCACUGAUUGCGUUAGGAGACGAAGGUGGUAUAGGAAAGCGCAAAUAAAUACGGAGGGACCGUGGAUUCGUGCUGGUAAUACGGCAUUAUUGGAUAUUUCACUAUGGGCUAAGGGUGAUGAAGUGUCUGUUUGGGCAGUAACUGUACCGGGAGACGCGAUAUAUAGGACUGGAGUAACACCCUCAACUCCAACAGGCAAUCACUGGGAACAUAUAGAUAGCCCUCAACUACUUAUGGCUAUAAGUACAUGUAACAAUGUGGUCUGGACUAUAGGAAGGAAAGGUGAAUUAUACCAUAGGGAAGGCAUCAGUGUGGAGAACCCUGGAGGAACCACUUGGAAAUUAAUAGAACCACCAAAAAGUAAUUUAUAUAGUCACAAAACUACUGGUGCCAAAGUUAUUUCAUUAGCUACAACAGUUGCUUGGGUAGUGAUGUCAAACGGUGCUGUUGCUGUAAGAACACAGAUUUCAAAAGAGCAGCCUGGGGGCAAAGAAUGGAGAUAUAUAACAGAUAGCGAAAUAAGUUUCAAACAUAUAUCGAGCGUGCACAAAGACGUGUGGGGUGUCAGUACGGACGGAACGCUGCAGCGGCGUCUCGGCGUGACCGCAGACAAUCCGGCGGGCUCGUCGUGGCAGCGCGUGCUCACCGGAGCUGCGGUGUACACCUCAGCACGAGGAGGAUCAUUGUGCUAAUUAUAAUAUAAAAAUCAAACAUGUGCUUGUAAAAGGAAUAAGGAUGCUGACAAAUAUGUGAUGAUUAAAUAACGUUAAAAUAUGUUUUGCUGCUAUCAUAAAAAAAAAAUUUAAACGACUCCUUAGCUGUCGUUUAAUUAUAAAAUUUAUGAGGUUCGUGUAAUAGAGUUUUGAAAAUCAUAAUAAAAACUUAGUUGCGUUUUUAUUCGAUAUAUAUACAAAUUGGUAUCUAGAAUGCCGGAAAAAUAUAUCAUAAAAGAAUGAGUGUGCUUAGUGCGAGUUUUUUAACGUUCUCGAUCACGUAAAA